AUGACUGUUGUGGCUCCUAUGGAGAUCCGUGUCUUUUCCGACUUAGUGAACAAGGCUAGAGUAGUGGAAGAGUAUGCCAAGACCGUGGCAGCAUCCAAGGACACUCAUGGAGGAAAUAGUAGCAAAGGACGUGGCAAGUAUUACCAUCCGAGGGGUCAAAGCUUUAAGAGAGGAGGAUAUGCGCAUCAAGGUCCGCGAGGCUUCAAAAAGAACACUCAAGAUCCGUUUCAGCGUGGCAAAGGGAGAGGAAGUCAGAGUGGUUGUUUCAACUGUGGAUUGCCUGGUCAUAUCGCGAGGGAUUGCACUCGUGGGAAGAACCCGAACGCGGGUCAGGGUCAGCACCAGGGGCGAGUCUUUGCUGUGAAUGCCAAGGAUGCUUCCAAGGCAGAUCCAUUGAUGAGAGGUAUAUGUUUAAUUGGUGAUAAGACUUUAAUUGCAUUAUAUGAUACUGGGGCAUCGCAUUCGUUUAUUUCACUUGCUAAAGUUGAAGAACGAGGCUUGAAAGUGUCAGAGUUAGCUUUUGAUCUGCAUGUACAUACUCCACAUCAAACGGUUGUAACUAGGUCAGGGUUUAGGCAAGUAGGUUUCAAGCUUGAGGGUAGAGACUUCGUGCAUGACUUGAUCUGUUUGCCAAUGAUUGGAUUGGAGAUGAUUUUGGGGUUUGAUUGGCUGUCGAAGAAUCGGGUUUUGUUGGAUUGCUUUGAGCGGUCAAUUUGGUUUAUGUCGGAAGGAGAAAAUGGAGCAGUGGUAGCUGCAGGAUAUUAUCUAAACUCUGUUAUGAACUUAGAUCAGAUACCGGUGGUUAGAGAUUUUUCAGAAGUGUUUCCGGAAGAUAUCCCUGAGUUCCCACCUCAAAGAGAGAUUGAAUUUGCAAUUGAAAUGGUGCCUGGAGCCAGACCAGUGUCGAUUGCGCCGUAUAGAAUGGCUCCGAUAAAGCUGGCCGAGUUAAAGACUCAGUUGAAAGAACUUCUGAACAAGAAGUUCAUUCGACCGAGUGUAUCACCGUGGGGAGUGCCAAUUUUAUUGGUGAAGAAGAAAGAUGGAGGAAUGCGUUUGUGCGUGGAUUACCAAUAG